AGGGGACGGCCAUGGCAGCUGCGCGGCGGCAAAGGCGGCUGCGACGGAGCGCGCGCCCGGCUUUGAAUGAGCGGGGCUAAGACUGAACGGUCGGAGCGCGAGCUCGAGGAAGCGACCGGCAGCGCGCGUGCGCGCGCCUUGUGUGCGCGCGCGGCCCGCGGCAGCUCGGAGCCUCCGCCGGGCGGGCAGGGAGGGGGAGGGGCAGGCCUUGCCCCCUCCAAAGCAGGCUUUUCCAGAAUUUAAACCCCAGUGCGCCCGGUAUCUACUUCCCAGAGUUUGGAACGUUUCACAGAACGCCCUACGCAUGGCGUCGGAUUGUGUAACCUGAAAACGCGCUUGUUUUUCUCAUCUGUGCAGUGGCACUAGCUUUUUCAGGGCUAUUUGUCAAAAAGACUGGCUUUUCUUCCCUGGACUGCCUUUAUACCUUUGCCCAAUUUCAUUGUCUGUUUUGACUCCCACCAUGGCUAUCACACAGUUUCGGCUGUUUAAAGUUUGUACCUGCCUAGCUACUGUAUUCUCAUUCCUAAAGAGAUUAAUAUGCAGAUCUGGUAGAGGACGGAAGUUAAGUGGAGACCAAAUAACUUUGCCAACUACAGUUGAUUAUUCGUCAGUUCCUAAACAGACAGAUGUUGAAGAAUGGACUUCCUGGGAUGAAGAUGCACCCACAAGCAUAAAGAUUGAAGGAGGGAAUGGGAAUGUGGCAACACAACAAAAUGCUUUGGAACAGCUGGAACCUGACUAUUUUAAGGACAUGGCACCAACCAUCAGGAAAACACAGAAAAUCAUCAUUAAGAAGAGAGAGCCCUUAAAUUUUGGCAUCUCCGAUGGUAGUACAGGUUUCUCCAGCAGAUUAGCAGCUACUCAAGAUUUGCCUUUUAUACAUCAGUCUUCUGAAUUAGGUGACUUGGAUACCUGGCAGGAAAAUACCAAUGCAUGGGAAGAAGAAGAAGAUGCAGCUUGGCAAGCAGAAGAAGUUCUAAGGCAGCAGAAGAUAGCAGACAGAGAAAAGAGAGCAGCAGAACAGCAGAGAAAGAAAAUGGAAAAGGAAGCACAACGGCUAAUGAAGAAGGAACAAAACAAAAUUGGUGUGAAACUUUCAUAACAAAUAUUCUUCAGAUGUCAGUGCCAGUAGGAGAAAUGUGAGCUCCACACUCAAGCAACAUUUAUAUGAUCUAAGAGUAUUUCCAGAAUACAAACACACUACCAGAUUUUAAUGCAUUCAUCAGAUGAUGCAGAUACCAGGAUUUCUUGAAAGUACUUUGAACUUUUAGUGAUUGAUACUUAAAAGAACAAAAAGGACUAUGACACAAUAUUUUCUUCAACGUGUUCCAACGAUAAGACAAUUGUUUGCUGUAGAGAAAUUAUUACAAAUGAAAUUACCAGUACCUCUUCAAGCUAGUGAUUCUAGCUAAAUAAAUGGGUGUAAAUAAUUUAUGGUAGGAAAGAAUUCUGCUGUCUAUAAUGCUUUCCUUCAAUGUGCAUAAUGAUAAAAUAAAUAAUUUUAAAUAUU